AUGAACCUACUUAUAAAGAGGGUGGAUAUUGAUCCAACAUGUGCUAUGUGUGGAAUUGGACAUGAAGAUGUUGUGCAUUCUUUGAUUACGUGUGACUAUACGGCAGACAUUUGGACACAAUCCCACCUUCCAAUCCCUAAUAAUGUUACAAAUAUUUUUAGAGAUUGGUUUAAUGAUUUGAUGAAUGUUUUAGAUGAUGAUGGAAUUAUUUAUGCAGUGGCAAUUCUCUAUUAUACUUGGCGCACAAGGAAUGGAGCUGUAUGGGAUGCGUACUUACCCAGACCUCGGAAAGUGAUUGUAAUGGCAUCAACAGCUCUGAGUGCAUGGAAAUCAGUUCAUCAUCGAAGUCGAAAUCAGCAGUCCAAUGCUACGGUUUCGGACCGCCAUGUAGCAGUGACCGAAGACGCUAUAGCAGCUGUGUCCAUGCCGAUAAAUGGGACUGCCAUGCCGAACACGGAACUGCACCACCCACAGCAGUCCACGCCAAGCAGCUCACACCAUGUUACUCAGAACAUGAGGGAUCAAUGUUACUUCGAUGCGGCAUACGACCCACGGACAAACAAAGCAGGAGUGGGGGCUAUUAUCUUAAGUGGACAAGGGGGUUAUAUUUCGGCUAUGACUACUCCAAUGAUAGAUUGUUUUUCACCCCUAAUGGCAGAAGCUUUCGCAUGCAAGGAAGUUUUGUCGUGGUUGAGAAACCGCGAAAUAAAGUCUAUCGACCUCUACACGGAUUGUUUGGUGCUUCAACAAUAUCUGUCAUCUAUGACACACUCGUCACGGACCUACUUGGGUUAUGCCAUUGAUAGUUGCAGGACUAAUAUAUUGAUUUUUGAUUAUUGUUUUCUUCAUUAUAUUCCUAGAUUAGAGAAUUAUUUAGCUCAUACUUUAGCAUCUACUGCUUUUACUCAUUCGACUUUUAUGUACUGGGACUCAGAUCCACCAGUUUCUAUUUCUGCAUACUUUGAAUAA